CCGGAGCGCUCGUCUGCGCCUCGGGAUCGGCGUGCUGCUGGAUGGAGACGGUCCCGACGCCGAGGAGGGCUGCGCGGGGACGGGCGAUGAGUCCACCCGGCUGCCUCCGAGAGAAGAGUCCGCAGGAGAGGAAAAUUUACAUGGACUAUAAUGCAACCACUCCCCUGGAGCCAGAAGUUAUCCAGGUCAUGACUGAGGCCAUGUGGGAAGCCUGGGGGAACCCUAGCAGCCCCUACACAGCAGCAUGAUCUUAAGCAAAUUAUUCCACCCUUUCAUUCUCCUGUCUUGAUGAACGGGAAGCCAGGCAGAUGGCCACAGCUUCCCCUGCCCUCUAGCAUCCGGUAAAAAGGCCAAGGAUAUUAUCAAUGCAGCUCGGGAAAGCCUUGCGAACAUGAUAGGUGGCAAGCCUCAAGACAUCGUCUUCACUUCUGGGGGCACUGAGUCGAAUAAUCUCGUCAUCCACUCCAUGGUGAAGUGCUUCCAGGAAAGCCAGACCCCGCCUGGGGCCGUGGUGGAGCAGCACAGCCCUGAGGAAGGGGCCAGGCCCCACUUUGUCACUUGCACCGUGGAGCACGACUCGAUCCGCCUGCCCCUGGAGCACCUGGUGGAAGGACAGGUGGCUGAGGUCACCUUCGUCCCGGUGUCCCAGGUGAACGGGCAGGCAGAGGUUGACGACAUCCUGGCAGCUGUCCGCCCAACCACGUGCCUUGUGACCAUCAUGCUGGCCAAUAAUGAGACUGGCGUUGUCAUGCCUGUGCCUGAAAUCAGCCAGCGCAUCAAAGCCCUGAACCAGAGGCGGGCAGCUUCCGGCCUGCCGCGCAUUCUGGUGCACACGGAUGCUGCCCAGGCGCUGGGGAAAAGACGCGUGGACGUCGAGGACCUAGGUGUGGACUUCCUGACGAUCGUGGGGCACAAGUUCUACGGCCCCAGGAUCGGUGCACUUUACGUCCGAGGGCUGGGUAAACUGACCCCGCUGCACCCUAUGCUGUUUGGAGGUGGACAGGAGCGCAACUUCAGGCCAGGGACAGAGAACACUCCCAUGAUCGCCGGCCUCGGCAAGGCUGCUGAGAUGGUGACUGAGAACUGCGAAGCUUAUGAGGCGCACAUGAGAGACAUCCGCGACUACCUGGAGGAGAGACUGCAGGCUGAAUUUGGUAAGAGAAUUCAUUUGAACAGCCGGUUUCCAGGAGUCGAACGUCUUCCCAACACCUGUAACUUUUCCAUCCAGGGACACCAGCUUCAAGGCUAUGUGGUGCUUGCACAGUGCCGGACGCUGCUGGCCAGUGUGGGGGCUUCCUGCCACUCAGACCAAGGGGACCGGCCGUCCCCAGUGCUGCUCAGCUGUGGCAUCCCCUUCGAUGUGGCCAGGAACGCGCUCCGGCUCAGCGUGGGCCGCAGCACCACCAGGGCCGAGGUGGACCUCGUUGUGCAGGACCUGAAGCAGGCCGUGGCCCGGCUGGAAGGCCAGGCCUAGUGCUGGGGCCGCCCUUGCCCUCGGUGGCCAGGACAGGGCCGUGGUCACUGCGCCCAUAGGAAGCCCGUUGCUGAGCGCUCGGUGUCUGACUGUGCCUCUCAGCUGCGCCAGGGCCACACUUACUUCCUUUGAUCCUCGCUGUCAUGGAGUACCCAGGCACAGGGGUGUCCGUCCGUGUGCCUCCUCUCCUGAAUGUGGGCUGAUGCAGAGAUGUCCUGCCCAGCCCAGCUCCUGACAGGCCCAGGACACCAGCACCCACGUAGGACUGUCCCAUGGCGCUGCCAGAGGCUGUGUGGAAAUGGAAACGCUUCUCCCCUUGUCCCUCUGGGCACUCAGGACUCCCGCCCUCCGAAGGCUGGCUUUAUCCAAAAGAUAAAAUCCACUGCCAGUAAGCUGCUGUCAAAGAUAGGAAACUAUGGCACCUGCACCAUGUGAUGUGGCCUCCCCUGACCUCCGUGUGCAGUGACCCCCAGAUGGGUGGUAGCUGCUGCUCUCGCCUCCCUGGCCCCACCAUCAUCCUGACGAUGCCUUGUCCCCGUGGGACACCUUCCUGGCAGACAAGCAUGGUCUGCCCUCAUGGUUCUGUGGGCCCCUGUCCACUGCCCUGCCCAGUCCCCCUUUGUGCCCGCUUCCCCCUCUGCUGUCUUACUCAGGAUUCAACUCCAGCGUCACUGCUGUGAGUGUGUGCAAUUCCGGGUCACCCCGAGGUGGGGGCCAGGUCAUCCCUGACUCUCCUUACUGUUUGCAAAAGAUUUGUUCAUCCUCACAGAAUGUAUGGCAUACACAUCAAAUGCCAAUAUUUACAUAGGAAUAAUUUUCAGAGAGUAACAUUUUUAAUGUGCUUUUAAGGUCCAAAGAACUAUAGGAUGAUAUUGAGGAAAGGAUUAUCAGAAAUUAAAUGAACUAAUUAAAGAUUUCCAUGCCUACCUGGA